UUGAAAUAAAUUCUGUUAAGCGCAUUUAAGAUUACUUUUAACAACAGAUGGCGUUCAAAGCGCUUAGUGUACCGACAACAGCUGUGUUUGUAUUGGCAGAAAAUUUUGCUCAUUUUUCUGGUGUUUCUGUAAACAAAAUUAAUAAAAUUUGAUUCUGCCGUUGUGAAAAUAUGGAACAAAAAAAUUCUGGAGGACCCAGUUUAAGCCAAUAUUUUGCAAAUGAUCCACCAAGUUUUUUCGAUGAAUUAGCAAAUAAAGAAAGUGCAGGAGCACCAACGCAACAGCCAACAAACACGGCAGCAUCGAAUACAAGGCCUAAUGGAGCUUCUGCUGCUGUGAACAUAUCAGAUAGUACUUUUAACGGCGGUUUUCAACCAACUGAAUAUGUGCAUAAUCCAGCUGAAUUAGCAGACACUGUUUCAGAUGAAGUGCGCAAUUUUUGGGCGCCAGUAGUUGUUGAGCCUGGCAUACCACCAAUGCUUACAAUGCCUGGGAUACAUUCACCCAAUGACUUGCCUGAUAUUAUUGCUGAUGCAGUAUUAAAACAUUUAGGAGAAGUGGAACUAUCACAACGUAAAAUUCUCGGCGUUAACAAUGUUACUCAAGAUGAGCGUGGUUUACGGUCACUCAUUGCUGCUGGUUGCUAUAGAGCUGCAGUAAACCUAACCGGACGUUUGUUAACAAUUUAUGGUCAAGGUUAUGGGCGUACAGGUCAACCAGCGAAACAUUCGCCACAUUCUUUGCAACUUUGGUUUACUCGUUUAGCGUUACUUGCUAAGCUGGGUGAGUAUGAAUUGUUACAAGCGGAAGCAGAACCAUUUGAUCAAUUGAAUAGACCCGAUGUAUACUAUGAGUUUUAUCCUGAAAUGCAUAAUGGAAAAACAGGUUCCAUUGCAUGUUUUUCCUUUCGACUUUUGCUAGCAGAACUACCUAUAUAUCUUGGUAAUCCACAGCAAGCCAUGGAUCGUUUAUCAGAACUAUUCGUCAUAACCAAUGAUAUAAGUAAAUAUUAUAAGCAUACGGACAAUGAAGUUGCUGCGGAGUUUUGGAACAAACGCGAAAUUCGAGUGCUGCACUCUUUCAUCAAUUGUGCCAUUAUAAUGAAAAAAUAUAAUUUAAUAGAUGAUAUCAUACGCGAUAUGAUACUUGAUCGUCCCGAAUUGGCUAAAGAAGAGCGACGAGCUUUGUUUUCUGCUUGGGGGCGCAUCUACUUGCAAAUAGGCGAUAUUUUUGGUGCUGAACAGAAAUUUGCCGAAGCGCGUCGUCUACGUGAAAUCAAUUCAGCACCGGAUUUGCGAGAUCUCGUGGAUAAGGGCUUAAUAACUUUGGCUAAAAACGAUUUUCCUGAAGCAUUUGCGAUUUUUCAGAAAGCUCUGCAUUUGGAAUCGGGAAAUACAAUGAUACUUAAUAAUAUGGGAGUUUGCUUACUCUACGCUGGAAAAUUAAAAGAUGCUAUUAACUUGUACGAGCGAGCAAUUAAUCUGAAUCCACAGAAAUCGUUAAAUGAGAGUUUGCUGGUCAAUCUCUCCACAUUGUAUGAACUGGAAUCAAAUAACUCUAAAAGCAAAAAACUUAAUUUAUUGCGUUUAAUAAGUAAAUAUAAACCAGACUUAAAUAUCAGCCUGGAAAUAUGUCUAAAGCUGCAGGCUGUGAGCUAAUUAUUUAACUUUAAAAAAGUAUAAACAGUUAAAUGUGAAUUUGUAAAAAAUAGAAGUAUUCUUGUUGUCCAUCCAGGUUAGGAAUAAAAAUUAAAUAUUUUGUAAGA